AGAUUGGAACACUCCGGAGCGCUUCCUUCAACUUGAUUGUUAGUUGCGUUUCACCCUGUAAAAGCGACCUCAAUCAGUGAACUCACGAGUGAGCUAGGCUCUUGAAAGACCUGAGAUGAUUACUGCUGAUUAUGGGUCGACAGACCUCAAGGACCUGGAGGCCAUCAAGCCAAACAAGAAGGAGAAGCGGCCGCCCACGAGCUCCCUUCUAGUCGUGCUUCUACAGGGCGUCAUGCAAGUGGGCGGCUUCACGGCGAUCAUUCCGACGGCCACGAUGUACGUCAAGGCCGUCGGCGGGUCCGCGAGUACCGCCGGCUGGCUUGUUGGUAUCACGGCCUUAGGCACCGGCCUUAUGCAGCCGUUUCUGGGCUACCCGCUGAAGCACUAUCGAUUGAAGACGCUCAUGCUGGCGCUCUGCGGCUUCAAUUUCGUCGGAUGGAUCCUCUAUGCGCUCGGCGACCUCUCGGGAAGUUUAGCCACGAUCAUGGUCGCUCGCGUGAUCACGGGCCUCGCCGGCGGCCCCACGUGGCUGAGCACGUACGUCGCGCGGUCCACGUCCACGGAACUGCGCUCGCACUACAUGCAGUACGUCUCGCUCUCGGUCGGGCUCGGCUACGGCAUCGGUCCUUUCAUCGGCGGCGCGCUGUACGCGAUUUGCUCGAGCCUCGACUGCGACGGCAAGGUAUUCAAUAAAUAUACGUCGCCGGGCUGGCUCUGGGCCGUUUUUGCCGUUGUCGUCGCUGUUCUACUCCAGACUUUCAUGGUCGAGCCGCCGGUCGCGAAGAAGCCCAAUGCUUUGGGAGGCGCGCCGUCGCCGGCGCAGACGGGGAUCCCGUGGGACCGUAUAUUGCCGAUCCUGCCGAUCGUCUUCGCGGUGCCCCUGAACGUCGGGUCCUGGGAGGUCCAUACCGCGAUGUUAGCCGAAACGCGCUUCGGCUGGUCCGUCGUCGCGACCGCGCUCUACCUCGGUGGUCUGAACGUCGUCGCGGCGCCGACGGGACUCUUGCCCGUCAGCAACUACGUUGAGGACCGCCGGGGCUGUCUCCUGUUCUUCGGCGCGAUGAUUGCGGGAACGGUGUUCUUCUGGAGCUACAAGCUCAACAUCGCGUCGCGCGCCGUCGUCUACGGCGUCGGUGCCGUGGUGUUCCUCAUCGGGGCGCAAUUCGCGAAGGCGCAGCGGCCGCGUCCGAACUUAAACACGCCAUCGCCGCGACGUCGUCCCGAGAUUCACGCGUCGAUGUCCUCGCAGGGCUUCGGCUGGGCGCUGGUCUCGAAGCAGCCCCCGCCUAUUCACCGCUCGUACGUGAUGGCAUGCAAUGCAGGCGCUUACAUGCUCGGGCGCGGGACCGGUGCGACGGUCGCGGGAUACCUGCCGCCGGGCGACGCCUUCGCGAUUUGGCUCGUGGCCAUCGACGCGGCCGCAAUCCUAUAUAUCCUGCUGCUCUGGAACCGCCUCACCGUUCCCAAGGAGAACAAUUCCUCGGAGUCGACGCACGUGCCCGCGUGA